CAAUAAUAAAUUGAAAUAAUAAUUCAGAGAAAAGUACUCAGGCAACCAAUCUCACACCAUUUCCCUAGGGUAGCCCUAGGAGCGCAGGCUCGGACUACAGUUCCCAGGAGCCUUUGCGAGGGCGGGACUGGAAACUCUCCAGUCCUUUGCGCUGUCGGCACCCCGCCUCCUCCCCCCCUCCGCCGCAAGCUGGAAAGAAUGUCACUGACGUCAUCGCGGCCCCGCGGCGGAAGGGGCGGAGCUUCAGGGCCGAGGCCGGGUCCCUGGAGAGCCAAAGGAAUCGGAUCCGAAAAUCCGGGCCAGGCGAGGCUUCUUUAGGCCGCCAUGCCUUAUUCCCGGUGGGUCAGCCAUCUCCUGGACCUGUGCCUUUGGUGCUUGGUGAAGAAUAUGUCCAGAUACGUCACAGACAUUAAACUUUUGCCUCCUAAUAUAAAGGACAAGAUGAUUAAAAUUAUGAGUUUUCAAGGGCGAAUCACCGAUUCCAACAUUAGUGAGAUUCUGCACCCCGAAGUGGAGUCUCUGGACCUCCGCAGCUGCGACAUCUCAGAUACCGCCUUGUUGCAGCUUUGUAACUGCAGGAAAUUGAAGAAAUUGAAUUUAAAUUCCUCCAGAGAAAACCGGAUUUCCGUCACUUCAGAAGGGAUCAAAGCGGUUGCCUCGUCCUGCGCCUUCCUCUACGAGGCCUCUCUGAAGAGGUGCUGUAAUCUCACGGACGACGGCGUGCUCGCUCUCGCCCUCAACUGUCAGCUGCUGAAGAUAGUGGACUUGGGCGGCUGCUCGGGCAUCACGGACGUGUCCCUGCGGGCCCUCGGAGAGCACUGCCCGUUCCUGCAGAGCGUGGACUUCUCUGCCACUCAGGUGACGGACGGCGGGGUGCUCUCGCUUGUGAGCGGACUCUGCGCUAAGAAGUUAGAGGAGAUUCACAUGGGGCACUGCGUGAACCUGACCGACGGGGCCGUGGAAGCCGUGCUCACAUGCUGCCCUCAGAUACACAUUUUGCUCUUUCACGAGUGCCCCCUAAUCACAGAUCAUUCCCGAGAAGUCUUGGAGCAGUUAGUGGGCCCAAACAAGAUCAAACAAGUAACGUGGACUGUGUACUGAUGCUUUCUCGAUCCUCCGAUGACUCGGCUGUUUUCCCUAGAAAGGACUGCCCGGGGAAGCUGGCUUUUCUUCACCCAGGCCAUAUUGAUUUGUCUCUGUUUUUAGCUGUCUCCGCAUGACUUGCUCUGUCUGUAGUGAAAUAUGUAACUAAAUAAAAUAUUAG